CCGCUGCAGACACCACUGCUCUCAUCGUGCAUGCAGAAUCAACAUACAUACAGCAUGACUGAAUGUCUGCUUUACUGAAGCUGUGCAGCAUGCACCAAAUGUGGUGACUUUCACCUCCAUGCUGCGCUGUGUGACUUAAAGGUCCUCAGACCGAGCGUAGUGCUGCUGCUUUACCCCUCCAUCUCUGGAAGUUUGAAGGUUCCACCUUGCACCCACCUGCUAACCAACUGUCCGGUGUUAAUGCUUUUUUUCACUCGACUGGGACCGCUGCUAUAUUCACAGCUGGCUCGGACUUCAACCUGACACUGCAAGCUGCUCAGGCUAACCUAAACACAUUGGCCGGUAAUGCUAGCAUUAUCUUUAGCGUGUCCCAUUCAGCGUGAAGCUAGUUAGCGCCCCGGUUAGCUAGCUAGCUAACUAGCACACAGGCGCUCCUGUCGCUGUCAAAGCUGUCUCGUGCCUUAAAACCAAACGUGAUCACGGGGAGCUAUGGUUUUUCGAGUAAAGCACGGGGCGCCUAUGUAGCGCCUGUUUGUUUAGAGCACAUAAAGCAGCAGUAGCUGCCGUAGCACAAACUCGCGCUGACGCACAUGUUCGGUAACUGAAGGUCACCUUCAGUGGCGCUUCACACUGCUUACACGAACACGGGGGGGUCGCGCACAUGCCUUCGUUUUUACUGGGGGUGGUAUGUGUAUCACACAGCUUGUGUAGCAGACAUGUUCGUCGGUACCGAGCUAUAAAAAAAAUACGCGUGAGGUGUCUGAAUCGCGAGGUGGUCGGUGUUAGUCCUCUAACCGGCCCCAUCUUCACCCCCCCCGUCCUGAUUAGGUCGAGCGUUCCUCCUCGACCGGGAAGCGGAAGCUGGUUAUAGCCGAUAAGUCAUGAUGGUGGUGUGCGCACGGUGAGGGGGAAGGUUACUCUAAUAAUACGCGAGCUGGGCACAGUGCAGACACAGCCAUGGUAAAUGGUGACAGGGCUCAUGAGCAUACGGAGGAGACGGACUCAAAGCAGGAUGGGAAUGGCGAGGCAGACGGAGGGGAGGAGUCUAACGAACAGGAAGUGAUAGUGAUCCAGGACACAGGCUUCACUGUAAAGAUCCAGGCUCCGGGGACAGAGCCAUUUGACCUGCAGGUCUCCCCCCAGGAAAUGGUGCAGGAAAUCCACCAGGUUUUGAUGGACCGUGAGGACACCUGCCACCGCACCUGCUUCUCUCUGCAGCUGGAUGGAAAUGUGCUGGACAACUUUGCCGAGCUCAAGUCUAUCGAGGGUCUGCAGGAGGGAUCGGUGCUCAAAGUGGUGGAAGAGCCCUACACGGUGCGUGAAGCUCGAAUCCAUGUGCGUCACAUCAGAGACCUGCUGAAGAGUCUGGACCCUUCUGACGCUUACAACGGAGUAGACUGCAACUCUCUCUCUUUCCUGAGCAUCUUCACUGAUGGAGAUCUUGGAGAAACUGGAAAGCGGAAGAAAAAGGGCAGCGAGAUGGAGCAGAUAGACUGCACCCCUCCAGAGCACAUCCUGCCCGGCAGUAAAGAGCGCCCCCUUGUGCCCCUCCAGCCACAGAAUAAGGACUGGAAGCCCAUGCAGUGCCUGAAGGUCUUGACCAUGAGCGGGUGGAACCCUCCACCUGGAAACAGGAAGAUGCACGGCGACCUCAUGUACCUGUACAUUGUGACUGUGGAGGAGCGCCAUGUCAGCGUCACUGCCUCAACACGCGGCUUCUACCUCAACCAGUCUACUACCUACACCUUCAACCCCAAACCAGCUAAUCCCAGCUUCUUGAGCCACUCUCUAGUUGAGCUGCUGAGCCAGAUCAGCCCUGCCUUCAAGAAGAACUUCACCGCCCUGCAAAAGAAAAGAGUCCAGAGACACCCGUUUGAGAGGAUAGCCACGCCUUUCCAAGUAUACAGCUGGACUGCUCCGCAAGUAGACCAUGCAAUGGACUGUGUUCGAGCUGAGGACGCAUACACCUCCCGCCUGGGUUAUGAGGAGCACAUCCCUGGACAGACCAGAGAUUGGAACGAAGAGCUGCAGACUACCAGAGAGCUGCCCCGGAAGAACCUGCCUGAGCGGCUGCUAAGGGAGAGGGCUAUAUUCAAGGUCCACAGUGACUUUGCAGCAGCUGCCACUCGAGGUGCCAUGGCUGUAAUUGAUGGCAACGUAAUGGCCAUCAACCCUGGUGAAGAAACUCGGAUGCAGAUGUUCAUCUGGAACAACAUCUUUUUCAGUCUGGGCUUCGAUGUGCGGGACCACUAUCGUGAGCUGGGGGGCGAUGCGGCCGCCCACGCUGCACCCACCAAUGACUUGAACGGAGUACGAGCUUACAGCGGGGUGGAUGUGGAAGGUCUUUACACUCUGGGAACUGUAGUGGUGGACUACAGAGGCUACCGUGUCACCGCCCAGUCCAUCAUCCCAGGUAUCCUGGAGCGUGAGCAGGAGCAGAGCGUCAUCUACGGCUCCAUUGACUUUGGGAAGACUGUUGUGUCUCACGGCAAAUACCUGGAACUGCUGGAAAAGACCAGUAGGCCACUAAAGAUCCAGCGGCACAGCGUGCUGAAUGAGAAGAAUGACACGGUGGAGCUGUGCUCCUCUGUCGAAUGCAAAGGCAUCAUCGGGAAUGACGGCAGACACUAUAUUCUCGACCUUCUUCGCACCUUCCCCCCUGACCUCAACUUCCUGCCUGUGGAUGGAGUGGAGCUGUCUCCAGAGUGCCAGCGUCUAGGCUUCCCCCGCCAGCACCGCCAUCGCCUGGCCUGUCUACGCCAAGAGCUCAUCGAAGCCUUUGUUGAGCACAGAUAUCUCCUGUUCAUGAAGAUGGCAGCGUUACAGCUGAUGCAGCAUAAAGCCAACAGGGACUCUAUCAAGACUGACACACCCGCCAUCACAGAAACCUCCGAAACACUCGCAGAGAGCAAAGCCGACACGACCCAGACAGACACAGCACAGACCAAUGCCACAGAUUCCUCUAAAGCAACAGACAUCUCCACAGAUAGCACUAGCCAGACAGACAAUGCUUCCACUGCUGCCUCACAAACAGGAACUGACAGCGAAGAGAACUCCUCGAAGCCCACAACAAACGGGCCUGUAGACCCCACAGCCACCCAGAACGGGGAAUGCAAGGGCCCAUUGGAGGGUAAGGAGCUUGAGGAAAGUAUUCCAGGAUUAGCUCAGGCCAAAGAGCUAGCGGAGACCUUAGUUGCCGAAGAUGGAUCUAGUAUUGACCCCAAAAGCCGUGAAGUGGUCCUGAAUGCCUGUAAGGCAGUGGGCUCCAUCAGCGACACAGCUUUCGAUAUCCGCUUCAACCCUGAUAUCUUCUCCCCAGGAGUACGGUUCCCUGAAGAGAGUGCAGACGACAUCCAGAAGCAGAAGCAGCUACUCAAAGACGCAGCUGCCUUCCUGGUUUCCUGUCAGGUCCCAACACUGGUGAAGGACUGUUUGGACCACAGCGCUCUGCCCAUGGAUGGAGCCUCACUAACGGAGGCUUUGCACCAGAGAGGCAUCAAUGUUCGCUAUUUGGGCACAGUCCUGGAGUUUAUGGAGAAGACUCCUGCCAAAGCCCAGCUGGAGCACAUCUAUAGAAUAGGAAUAACUGAGCUGAUCACCAGAUGUGCAAAACAUAUAUUCAAGACGUACCUCCAGGGUGUAGAGCUGUCUGCACUCUCUGCUGCUGUGAGCCAUUUCCUAAACUGCUUCCUGAGCUCCUUCCCAGACGCCGUUGCCCACCUGCCUCCCGAUGAACUGGUGUCACGCCGCAAAAACCGCAAACGUCGCAACAGGGUCCCCGGCGGUGGCGACAACACGGCGUGGGCCAGCCUGACACCGAGUGAACUGUGGAAGAACAUUGCCUCUGAGGCCCAGAGCUAUUAUCACUUUACCCUACAGUGUGAAAGUGUCGACCAAGUUGUGGAGAAAUUCGGCCUCCAGAAAACCACUCUGCUCAGAGAAAUUUCAGUCAAAACUGGCAUACAGAUCCUGAUAAAGGAGUAUAACUUCGACAGCCGCCAUAAGCCUGCCUUCACAGAAGAGGACAUCCUGAACAUUUUCCCUGUGGUGAAACAUGUAAACCCCAAAGCCACAGAUGCCUUCCACUUCUUCCAGAGUGGGCAGGCCAAAGUGCAGCAAGGUUUCUUGAAGGAAGGAUGUGAGCUGAUCAACGAGGCUCUUAAUCUCUUCAACAACGUGUACGGAGCCAUGCACGUAGAGAUCUGCUCCUGCCUGCGCCUGCUGGCGCGCCUUAAUUACAUCCUGGGAGAUCACCCUGAGGCUCUCAGCAAUCAGCAAAAGGCUGUUCUGAUGAGUGAAAGAGUCCUUGGCAUCGAGCAUCCCAACACAAUUCAAGAAUAUAUGCACUUGGCCCUGUAUUGCUUUGCCAACAACCAGCUUUCGACUGCUCUGAAGCUUCUGUACCGCGCUCGUUACCUCAUGUUGUUGAUUUGUGGGGAGGACCACCCUGAGAUGGCUCUGCUGGACAGUAACAUCGGGCUGGUGCUGCAUGGAGUCAUGGAGUAUGAUUUAUCUCUGAGAUUCCUGGAGAACGCUUUGACCAUCAACACAAAGUACCAUGGACCUCGGUCCCUCAAAGUAGCCCUCAGUCAUCAUUUGGUUGCAAGAGUUUAUGAGAGCAAGGCUGAGUUCCGCUCUGCACUACAGCACGAGAAGGAGGGUUACACCAUUUAUAAGAACCAGAUGGGCGAGGCCCAUGAAAAGACCAAGGAGAGUUCUGAGUAUCUGAAGUAUCUCACGCAGCAGGCUGUAGCUCUGCAGAGAACCAUGAAUGAGAUCUACAAAAAUGGCUCUAACGCCAGCAUUAUGCCUCUUAAGUUCACUGCACCCAGCAUGGCCACCAUCCUGGACCAGCUCAACAUCAUCAAUGGCAUCAUCUUUAUACCUCUCAGCCCAAAGGAUCUGGAGAACCUGAAGGCAGAGGUGCAGAGGCGGCAGCAGCUGCAGGAGCUGGGAAAGAGCGAGGAGCCUGCUGAGGACCGCUCACUGGAAUUGGAAGACAAAAUUCCCAUCGAUUAAUAUUGAGUAGUGGCCAACACAGCUAUUUUCUGCUAUGGGAGAGAAAGACGGGCUGUGAUGGAUGAGUCACAAAGCCUGUGGACCCGAAAGCCGAGCAGUCUAAAUCAACAUGAAUAAAUGAGAAAAAUAUAAAUAAAUAAAAAAGAGGGAGGGGAGGGGUCAGGGUAGUCCAGACACAGACUGAUGAACUGUAGGAGAAAGGAAUACUGAGCAGGAAUUUCCUACAAAGUAGGGAUAGAGGGGAGGAGAAAGUACAAACAAUGUAAAACCACAGUACCGUGCAAUCUGAAAAUCCCGAGAACCUGGUGAUGAAGCCCUAGAGCGUGUUAGCUGUGUUAGAAUUACGAUGAAUAUGAAACGAGGGUUUCAGCCGGGGGCGGGAGACCAAGAAUGACCAUGACAUUUUAUACCAGAGCCUUAUCCACUCUACCAUAAUCCCCCCCACACACAAGCCAUUCUUCUUCUCAGCUCAAACUUUCCACAGCACUGUUGGCCCAGGACCAUAUUCUGCCCCCGUCAUUGCCUAAAGAGCCUCGAAGAUCCUCGGGCAAGUAGCCACCCACUCGUGGUGGAUCCUACCCUGUCCUUGAACUCAGGGGUACUUUCUAUUGUGCACUAAGACCAGAAAAGACCAGUUACUAAAUUUGCCAUUUUUCAAGUGGGGCUUCUGAAUGUAAACUUCCCUUGUUAGUGGCUCAUUGAGCCGCCUUGCAGCGAGCACCCAUCAUUCACACGUGUCCUCAAUAAUGAACUAAUUUGAUCUGUCAUUUGUACUUGAGACAUCCUGGGAGGGUGCAUGCUGUAUCCUCUGGUUCCCGUUUCUCCAGCGCAGUCACAAAUUAGCGAGCUCACAACUAAUCAUUUAGGUUGAUUUUAUUUUUAUUUUUUUAAUUUCUUUUUAUGGAUUCUUUUUGUAAAAGUGCACAGGGGGGGGGGUAAGAAGGAAUUUUAUUGCCUGUUCAUCAUCAGUUAAUUUAAAGCCAUGUCUGUUUUAUAGAAAAUGUAUAGAAAUGGAAAAACGAUGUAUAAAUCUCUAUUAGACAAGUACUUGAUUGAUGUGUAUGGGAAACACAGAUUUGAACAAAAAGAAAACGUCCACCUUAAGCAGUAGAUUUAUCUAUCUAUAUAUAUAUAUAUAUAUAUAUAGUUAGCUGUGUUCAAAUAUCUAUUUUUGCACAGUGAAAGAAUAUGUGCAUGUGUGUUUGUGUGUUUGACAGUGUGCGUCUUUGUGUAGUCUGACAUCAAAUCUGUUGGCCGGGGCUUUCCUCGCAUAGUUUGAAUAGAGGCUGAGAAAACAUUGGCUUUCCAAAUCUUUAAUAAUUCUGCACACGGUAAACUGGGUUCUUUUCUGGGCCCCAAAAAUCCGCUGAUAUACUGAAAUUGGUACUGAAAUUAACCGCAUCGCUUCUCGACAUCGGCAGUGAUGACAGACUUAUCGUUGCUGGUUGUUUAUUUUUAUUUUUCUUCUCGUUAUGUGAUUUGUUAUUUUCUUCAUGUGUAACGGAGCCGAACCCCAGACAGGAGCGAGCAGUAAGCAGUUUUAGUUAACUUUCUUGUGCUGUGUGUCGACAGGUACACGGCGUCACCAAAAUUAGGAGAGGGGGGCGUGGGGGGGGAAAGGAAGGGCUGCCUCAGUGAUGUACCAAAAAAGACUGAUAAAGGCUUGUUUUUGCUGUAAACUUAAUGUUUUCCCUCUCAUGGAAAGAUGUGAGUGAUUAAAGCAAUAGAGCGAUGAUGCAUUUUUUUUUUUUUUUAAAAACAUUUUUACUUGUUGGAAGUCUGCCUUCUUACUGUACUGGAAGAAUGAUGUAUACAAAACGAUGAAAGAUGAGUUCUUCACACCAGGAGAUGAGGUCACUACAGUGAUUUCCAGAUUGCUCCUGAACCAACAAUAGCUGAGCAUGUGCCUGUUCUCUAUCCUGAAUGGAAACCAGCAGGAUGAUGGCUUUAAAAAAACAAAACAACAAAAAGCUGACAUAAGCCUUGUGAUUAUGUCUUCUGGUUUUCUUGUAUUAUUAUUUUCUUCCCCACCUACUCUCCAAGUGGCAUUCAGCAGUAAUACAGACAGUGUCCAUAAGGUGGCACUCUAACAUUCUUCUGUAUGUGAAGGACAAACGUUUGACCUACAUGACAGGAAAUGUCACGGUGCAAGUUCAGAUAUACACAUGCUGUAUUUGAUUUAGAAAAGUAUGCUCAUGGACUUUAGAAACGUACAUCUCUUCUAGCAUAGCCAGAUGUACUGGAAAUGCAUUAAACUGCAUUACUGUAAACAUUACAUGAGAUUCUGAUUAAUUUUAAAAUACCAAUAAGUUUUUACAUUUAGCAAGGAUGUGACAACUUUAAUUUUCAGCACAUUUGUAGUUCUACCUGCUGUUAAACGUGUUCUAAAAUGUUUGCAGCAGAACAUUUAAUGAUCUGACGCUACGAUAGUUUAUGAAACUCCCUGAGAGACAGGAAACUGUCUACAGAGAUGCUCUGCUGCCCUUUCAACACUGAGCUUUUCGCUUUAGUUGGAGACAUCAGUCUGACUCUGCUGUAGGUUCUUUCCUGAAUGCUGUAGAUGUUUAUUUGAGGUUAUCUCCAGAAGAGGGGGGGCAAAAUGUAAUAAUAUAAAACUAUGAAGUGUAUUCAUUCACACAUAUUUUGCAGAACUUUGCAUUUUUUGUUUUACAUUCAAAUUGCAAAGCAGGUCAUGAAGAAUGAAUGUUUACUUAAAGGACAAAUACUCAAAGAUUAAACACUGAACUUGCUCAUAUGGGCUCUGUGCAAAGUAGCUUUUUAAAGUUAAAAAGAGCUCAUACUAUCUUAUAAAAAAAAAAAAAUAAGAGUGCUGUGAAAAGAAGAAAAAGGCAAAUAUCUAUCCUAAAAUAUGCAUUUCACUGCUCCUGGUCAUACUGCAAUACUGUCUUUGUGUGGCUGUUUGAGGGUUUUGUGUUCUCUCGCUGAUGAAAUCUCUUCUCCACAAAGACUUCUUAAGCCUAGUGUUUGAGUCUGCUUCCCCUGAUGGUGUGUGGUAUUUGUGUGUGUUGCUCUUUACAAAAUCUAAUUAUUUUUUGGUCUGAGUAUGCUUUUAUAUUAAAAAUGGAUUAAAAUAAAACUAGUGAAAGAUCUGUUCGGAGUUUUUAUCAAGUUUUUUAUAUGUUUUUAAUUUGUUUUAUAACAAGUAGGCAGUGCAGAUGUGAAAAAGUUUUCAAGGACUCAACGCAGUCCCAUGGAAACACUAAGUACACCUAAUGUAUACAUAGCUCUUUAGUGGGCUCACCCCAGUAUUUCAAUUAGGUUGAGGUCUGGACUUUGACUAGAUCAUUGCAACACCUUGAUUCUUUUCUCCUGUUGCAUGACACCAAGUGACGCUUCAGCUGUCAUACAGAUGGCCUCGCAUUUGACUCUACAGACUACUUAGGUAUUCAGAGAACUUCACGGCCAAUUCAGUGACUGCAAAGUGCCCAGGUCCUGUAGCUCUGAAAAAAGCCCAAGUCUUCAAACCACCACCGGUAUGCUUGUUGAACUCAUAUGAGAUGUUUGUGCUAAGUUGUGCUUGUCUUGUCUGUCCAAAGGACGUUCCCAAAGUCUUGUGGGUGUUCAGAUGCAGCUUUGCAAAACUAAGGCAUGUUGCCAUCUUCUUUUUUAGAAAGAAGUCUCUUUCUUCUGGCAGCACAACACACACUUGUUCAGUCGUUUCUUAAUUAUGCACGAACUGCAUUAACUUUCACAUUUAACUUGCGAACUGUAGAAUUGAGGCCCAUAGAGUCUGAGCUGUAGCUCUUGGGUUCUUGAUUUUUCUUUGAAGGCUCUAAGGUCUAACCUUGGAGUGAGUUUGCUGGGACCUCCACUACUGAGAAGAUUUUGGCAUUGUGUUAAAACACUACCAAUACUUAUGCCUUUAUAGAGAUGCUCAGUUAAUCAAGUGCAUUUGAUUAGCAGCAUCUGGCAGUGGCUACUUACUCCCGUUCAUACGAAAGGAAUACUCAAUACUUAGCUUUGACAGAACUGCAUGUAUGGUCCUGUGGGGGAAAACCCUUUGUUGACUGUGUAUCUGAGGAACAUCAGUAUCAGCUCUUGAUCGGUAUCGGUCUAUUUGUAAAUAACUGACAGACAUGUGUCUCAGCUGGUACAAAAGAGGAACUAGUAACAACACCAAAAAGAAAAAAAAUCAAAUUUCAGCAGCUGCUGUCAGUCAAAGCAAAGGUUUUAAACAUGGAACAUAUUUUCAUACUCAGCAAGUUUUAUAAGUAAAAAGAUUAUUUAUAAAGCUUACUAAGAUGGGGGGGGGGUAAUAAAAAAGGAAUUUACCUGAGAAAUAUCCUAGAAUUGGCGUGUAAAGUACAAAAAAUAAUUAAAUCACUAAAUAAAAAAGUGCCCUUCUGUGAGUUUAUUAAGUCUCUAAAUCACUCAUGACAUUUAGGACAAUUUCCUCUAUUUAAAACAUACUAAUGAGAAGCCGCAAUCUAAGAGUUAACAGGCAAAUAAAAUAACGACCAAGGGCGCGCGCGCUCCUGUGAUGGCGUGAACGCGAAUUCCAAGCGCGUACCCGGCCGAAGUCGAAUGCGGUAGUGUACGAAAAAAAACAAGCGAGCGGAGCCGACAGGAGACAAGACGGCCACAGUUUACCUCCACAUCAUAAGACCAGGUUUUGGGAGCGGAAAUUUCACGCCCUGUCGGGUCGUGUUGCCGUCGGAGACGUCUGAGGAUACUCACGGCCAGUAACAAUAGGAUGCAGCAUACACUCAGCUGGUGACUGGUCUGCAGGCUCUCCAUUUCUUCUCCCCGGAGUCAGCCAGCUUUCAGGGGGCAGAUUCCUGCGACCCUCUUCUCUUAAUCUGAGUCUCAGUCUGGGCAAAACUAACCUGUCAUUGGAGUACACCACCUGACCUAAUCUGUGUUGCUUGGAUCAGCACAGCUCAUCUCCUGACCGAGGAGAGCGCAGCGGCUGCACAGGAAUCACCUUCUUCUUUUUUUUCUUUCUUUUUAAAAAAAAAAUUAAAAAAAAAAUCCGGCUCCGCCCACACUGCCCCGUCACGAUGGUGCUGUCACAACGUCAGAGAGAUGAACUGGUCAGGAGACUUAUCCCCAGCAGCGUGUACCAAAAAUAGAUACAGAACACAAACUAUCUGCUCCCCUGAAAGACCUUGGAGGCACUUAUGUGCAAAUGGGCCUUUGCUUUUGAACUCUUUUCUUUAUUAAAAAAAAUAAAAAAUAACCAACUCCAUGUCUUGGGCAACAAGAUGGUGCAUGUGAUUUUAUUUUUCGUUCUUUUUCCACCAUGCCCUUGUCUAUAAAUGUGGUGACAUAACAGAUGAAAUUCAAAGAUAUGGUGAUAACUGCCAGAGGCAGUCAGAACUGUGGUAUAAAGAGUUCACCGUGGCUCAGUUUGAUCAUUAACAGGACUUGGAUCAUGUUUACCUGUCAAGAUACUAGUCCUCUAAGUCCCAGUGUUCACCCUCAUUCAAAUAAACUCUGUUAUCCAAUGACUCCUGCUUGUGUUUUGGCUUCACUUUGAAAAGCUGAACCACGGACAAAAAAAAUAUAUAGUAGUUUGGAUAUAAUGUAAAUGUUCAGCAGCAAGUCUGCUGCUUUUCUGUAAUAAAGACAAGGAAUUAUGAAAGCACAUUGCUUUGUUAGAUUAUGGAAAGCUUUUAAAAUGAUCCGCUGUUGUAGUGAUUUUUAAAAAUGGCUCAUUUGAGAGUAAAACUUUUUGAUAAAACAUGGUCUUUAUUUUGUAGACUGUGGUAAAUGGACUGGUUCUUAUACAGCGAUUUUCCAUUCUACUUAUGCAUAGCCAAAAAUAUUUAUCACGAUAUAUAUUUUAAAAUUUGCAAUAAUGAUAUAACUGAUGAUAUAAUUGACGCGAGACAAAAUACUUUACAACUCCACAACUUUAUUAGUGCAAAAGAACCCCAUCAGUGUAUUUUUAACUUAAACAAGCAGCUGUUUAUGUGGAUUAAAGCUAUACAAAAUUUUAACAGUGGAAAUUCAAAUUCCUUGCUGACAGUUUAACCAAAAGGCAUUUCCAGUGGAAAUGGGCUGACAUCUCCUGAGCAUAACCAUGUAUAACAUCCACAAAACUU